AGAUAUAGCUCACACUCUUAAUCGGAACCUUUAUUUUCACAUUUAAUAACUUAGGAGUAAUAAGACAAACGGAAAAUCAUAAAAAGAUAAAAUAAUUCAAGCUAACUUGAUAAUUUUAUUAAAGAGGCCAAUAAAUUCGUUAUUAUAUACUUAAUUGGUUUGAAACUAAAGAGCUCAUGGCUGACUUUGAACUCGAUAAAGAAAGAAUUAAAGGUUAUGAAGACGAGGAAGAUGGAGGAAGAGAAAAGCAAUCAGGAACUAGAAAAAUGAAAUUAUUCUACAUUAUACUUCUUAUAACAGUCGUUGUUGGUUUAUCUCUGUCCUUAGGCUUGGGACUUGGAUUACCGAAGAGGGGAAGUAAUACUAACAAUGAGAAAAAAUGUAAGGCUUGGAAUGGGAAAAGAGUCUUCUCUCACUCUAGAACGAAUAUUAAUUGGCUGAAUGGAGAGUGUCCAAAUAGAAUGGGAAGAAAAAAUUGUCCAAGUCACAUGAAAUCUUCUCCUACAAUUCUUAUAAGUUUGGAUGGUUUCAGAACCGAAUAUUUAAGUAGGAAUGUAACACCGGCCAUACAAAAAUUAGCAGAUUGUGGCGUUAGGGCGGAGAGCCUGAGAAGUAUUUAUCCGACAAAAACCUUUCCCAAUCAUUAUUCUAUGGUUACUGGGUUAUAUCCAGAGAGUCAUGGUGUUAUUGACAAUAGAAUGUGGGAUCCAAAGACAAAAGAUUUUUUUGCUUUGAAUUUACCUACAAAAAAUGACCCAAAAUGGUAUCAGGGUCGACCUAUUUGGUUGAAUGCUCAAGAUAAUGGCAAAAGAGUUAAAACCUUUUUCUGGCCUGGAACUGACGUCGUUCAUGAAGGGAAACUUCCUGAUGAUUGUUAUCAAUAUGAUAGUUCCGUUCCUUAUACUGCAAGAAUUGAUCAGAUUUUGGAAUGGUUUAAAGAUAAAAAUUCGCCACCUGAUCUGGUUAUUGCAUAUUUUGAGCAACCGGAUAGUGCCGGUCAUGAAUAUGGUCCAUUUUCGGAGAAUGUUGUAUCCAAUUUAACAAGAGUUGAUAACCUUAUUAAUAGACUUAUAAGUGGACUAAUUCAGGAAAAUUUAGAGGAAUGCGUUAAUAUUGUUUUAGUUAGUGAUCAUGGAAUGGCUGAAACUAAAUGUAGUAAAACUGUUAAUUUAAAUGAAUAUUUGGACACGAGUAAUGUCUAUGUACAUCAAGGUUCUUUUACAAGGAUUUCUGGGAAAUAUCGGAGGGAGGGUGGAAAAGUUGUUGAACACAAUGGUCUUUCUGACGAGGAGAUAAUGAACAAGAUGAGUUGUAAUUAUUACAAUAAUACAAAGGAUUGGUACUUAAAUGCAAUGUUAAAACAAGAUUUACCGGUUAGAAUGCAUUAUGUUCAACAUCCUAGAAUAGACAAUGUUGUUGUUGACGUAGAAAAUGGUUGGUAUACUCUUUCGUCAUCGCAGUGUAAUAUUGCAAAAGGAGGGCACGGAUAUGACUAUCUUGAUGAGAAUAUGAAAUCAAUUUUCCUUGGUUAUGGCCCUGGAUUUAAGCAAGGCUACGUAGGAGAAGAAUUCAGUAAUAUAGAAAUAUAUAAUUUAAUAUGUAAUCUACUGGAUAUUAAGCCAAACAAUAAUAAUGGAACAGAGCAUGCUUUAGAUCAUUUUCUUUCCUCUCCAAAAAACGUUAGCGAUAUGAUUGAACCUGAUUUUCCAAUUCAUACCAAUCUACCAUCCGAAAAUGAAAUGAAAAAGAGACGUAUGAGUUCCAACUGUAGAUGUUACGACAACGACACAGUUGACCAGUUUGAUAAAGAGUUAAACUUAACCGAGUCGCAAGCUAAAGAAGUUAUUAAUAGAGUCUUACCUUUGGGGGAACCGUUUAGUAAAAGUCCGUAUAAGAGACUAAUUCAACGAAAUUAUGCUAUUGGAUAUAAGGAAAGCCUUGAAACGCCUUUAUUUGUUGCCUUUCAAGUAUUGAAGCCUAUUAACUCUAUAUUAGAUAACGGCUCUAAGGUUAACGAUUUGAAAAAUUGUACCAGACCAGAUGUUCGAAUAAGAACGUCCCGGUGUAACGUGGACAAUUCAAUGCUAUUAACAAAGCUUUUUCCUCCAGAACUUUCUCCAAAUUCAAAUGACAAUAAUACUGAUAUCCGGACAAAUGCAGUGAAAAUGAACAAGCAAUUCGCAGACACUGUCUGGAUACACCUUAUUCGUUUGAUUGAGGAAUAUGGAGAGAAAUUUAACCUAAUUAACGUUAUCUUGGGUCCUGUUUUUGAUAGCAACAGAGAUGGAAUAGUAGAUGAAAGUCCCGCUGACGUACCAACACAUUUUUAUGCUGUUCUGUAUGGGAAUCUUACUGAUAAGAUAGUAUCUAUCGUUAUACCACACAAAGAGAUUUCAGAUUGUGUUAAAAAAUAUCCACUUAUUGAUUAUUUUAAGAAGCAUAUAGUAUCUUUGAAAGAUCUCGAGUUGAUAACUGGAUUAAUAUUUUUUACUAAGCUAAGAAACGUACCGGAGAGACAUAAGCGAUUUGUACAAUUACAUAGCUUAUGGGAUGAAUUGGAGUGGAAAGAUAGUAAUUAUAACUGCGAAUUGUGCAAAAAUAAUGAUAAAAGUACAAAACCCCUUCUUCUCAUAAGUAUUGAUGGGUUAAGAUCAGAUAAGUAUGAAUCUCUCGAUAGUUUAGCAAAAUUUUCGCAAUGUGGAGUUCGGGCGAAAAAGAUGAGAUCAGUAUUUCCAUCAAUAACAUUCCCGAAUCAUUAUUCUCAGGUCACAGGACUUUACCCCCAGCAUCAUGGCAUCAUUGAUAAUGCAAUGUAUGAUAAGGAUAUAGGAAAAUUCUUUUACAUCAGUUCUCCUAUAGCGAAAAUUAGUGAUUGGUGGAAAGGGGAUCCAAUAUGGAAUACAAUAAGAAGAGAUAACAAAACAGCUUUUACUUAUUUUUGGCCAGGAUCCGAUGUUAGGAUAAAAGGUUCCUACCCUAAUGUUUAUAAAAUGUUUAACUCAGAUGUGCCCAACAAGGAAAGAGUUCGUAAUGUCAUCGAAUGGCUUGAAAGGGGUGAAGGAAAGUACGAAAGAGCUGAUCUCAUUACUUUAUACUUUGAAAAUGUCGACAAAGCUGGACAUGAUGGCGGUCCUCAUUCCAUCCAAGUUAAAGAAGAGUCUAAAUCGCUUGAUAAAGAAUUAAAAAAAAUUUUUAACUAUAUCUAUAGAAAACGAAAGUGUGUUAAUGUAGUUAUAAUUUCUGAUCAUGGAAUGGCAGAUAUUACAUGCGAUAAUCAAGUUGUAUUAAAAGACUAUUUAUCUGAUUAUGCUUUGAGUAAAAUGAAUGCAUUUUAUGGAACUGGAAGCCGUAUAAGCAAUACAUACACUAGAGGGCAGAAUGGAUCUUAUUAUAACAUUCCUGAAAAUGAAAGAAUUCCACUAUCCAAAAUUAAAGCGAACUUAUCAACUUGUCUAAUUAAAAAUCUUCAAAAUUAUAACAAAGAAUUAGCACCAAUACGCUUUCAUUAUUCACAAUCAAAGAGAAUUGAAGAACUAUUAGUUUUCAUCAACAUAAAUUGGUUGAUAGGAGUAGUUAAAAAGGAAUUGUGUCAUCUCAAGGGCAAUCAUGGUUGGGAUCCAACCGAAGAUGACAUGAAAGCCUUCUUCGCCGGGGUUGGACCAGAUUUUAGACUAAAUUUUACGUUUGAUUAUGAAUUUGAAAAUAUUGAGUUAUAUAACUUAAUAAGUGGCUUACUGAAUGUUACCCCUUCACCAAAUAAUGGAACUGAAAAUUCUCUAUCUUUCCUUCUGAAAAAUCCACCCAAAUUGGACAUUAAAAAUGAAACUGAAUCUAAUUAUAAUCCUACAGAAUUUCCGGAUUUGGCAACCUAUACUUUAAGAAUUAACAGAACAAACUGUUCAAUUUGUCAGAACUUUACACAUGAUAGCAGUAUGCUUGAUAUCUUGAAUGACGAAAAACCUCAACUUAUAGAGAAGCAUAUAAAGCACGGUUUACCGGAAAUAACAGCUUUUCAAGAGAAACCAGAACUUCUCUUUCAGCAGUCCUUUGUAACGUCCUAUUGGAAAUUAAUUUCCUAUCCAGCAAUGGUUGCAGCUCAUUUGAAUGUAUCCCAAAUUUCGUACAAAGAGAAUUCUGAUCGUAAAGAUACGGAUUUUUGCCCAUAUAAGAUAGAUUUUCGUCUAGAGAAUGAAAAGACAUGUUCUAGCUUUAAAGACCAACAGUUUCUUUUCCCAUUAAAGUGGACAUCAGAACCCGAUGAAGCAAAGUAUCAUACAAAUGUAGUGGAGAUGAAUGAAGAUUUCAAGUCGAAUACUUGGUCUGUUCUUUUGAAACAAGAAGUGGAAGAUAAAUUGAUAAAUAGUAAAGAAGAUUUGUACGUAAUACUCGGAACAGCUUUUGAUUACAAUUACGAUGGUUUGGCGGAUAAUUUAACAGAGAUAAACUCAACAACACCAUCCCAUUACUUUUUAAUAACGCUAAAAGAAGAUGUCAAUUCUCGUUGGCAUGGAAAAUCAUGGGUACUUCCUCACCUAAAAUCAUUUCCAGAGUGUAUUAAUACAUCCCACUACAUCAGUGAUCAUCGGACAAGAAUCCGCGAUGUUGAACUAAUCACUGGAAUGAGAUUCUUAACCAAUAUUGAUUAUCAAGAAGGCCUCCUGUCAAGAAUAUCUUUAACAUCACCAAGUUAACUAAUUAACUAUUUAAUAAUUAGUUUUUACAUAAAAUUUCUUUAUAUAUUUUAUACUUAUGUACAGAGAAAUUCCUUUAUAACAUCUUGUUUAUAAACUUAAAGAGUUAAUCAGAUAAUUCUUAUUAUAAUCUCUUUAUUUUCACAAAAUACAAAAUCUUUAUUUU